AGUCACAUUAGUAGAAGAGGGGGGCGUCUGUAUGAAACCAGAGAAAGAAAAGAAGUGUGGAGUCUCCCAUGCACGUUACCUCCACAAGAAACAAUUGAAGCGGAGAGAGGAAAGGUUCAGGGGUUUACUACCACCAAUCAACAAGAACAAUCAGCUGUGAGAACAGAGUUUUAAUCCUUAUUUUUUCACUCAGUGAGCAACACAAAAAAACCAUUUUAAUUUCUCUCUGAGAAGACGCACAACUGAAAACAGCAGCGAUGGGGCCCUCUCUCCUCCAGGCCUACAGGAGACGCUGGUGGAUGGCGGUGACGGCGGUGAUUGAAAACCUGCUGUGUUCGGCUGUGCUGCUGGGCUGGGGCUCCCUGCUCAUCAUGCUGAAAAGGGAAGGCUUCUACGCCUACUUGUGCUCAGUGAAUGAGUCCGUGCUCGUGUCAUUGGGUAACUCCUCCAGCAGUGAGGUGGAGGAGUGGCUCAGCUGCGUGGACCAGGAGGAGAUGCUGAAUCUGGGCUUCACCAUCGGGUCCUUUUUGCUCAGUGCCACCACCCUGCCACUUGGAAUCCUGAUGGACAGGUUUGGACCACGCCUCAUUCGCCUGGUGGGCAGUUCGUGUUUCGGUCUGUCCUGUGUUAUGAUGGCCGCGUCUGCCUACAACCCUCAUGUUCUGUCAGCGCUCAUUUUCUUGGCUCUCUCCAUGAACGGCUUUGGAGGCAUCUGCUUGACCUUUACCUCACUCACGCUCCCCAACAUGUUUGGUGCUCUGAGCUCCACCGUCAUGUCUCUGAUGAUUGGCUCCUACGCUUCCUCUGCUGUCACCUUCCCUGGAGUCAAGCUGAUCUACGAUGCAGGUGUGUCCUUCCAGGUGAUCAUGUGGACGUGGGCAGGUCUUGCUGCCUCUGUCUUUUUAAACUGUCUUCUCAACUGGCCCUCAGAAGGGUUCCCAACACCUGACGAGGUAGACUACAGUAAGAUCCUCACACUGCAAGAGCUGCCUUCAUCUGACCAGAAGGCUGUUGGAGAAAGACUUAGCCAGAAAAAUGGAGACAUCCAACACUCCACAGAGAAACUUUCUAGUGAAUCUGACGCUGCACCCACUGCUGCUCCCUUUCGUCGGUCUGUGUUCUCUCCCAUCUUCCUGUGGAGUCUGGUUACAAUGGGGAUGACCCAGUUGAGGAUCAUCUUUUACAUGGGGGCGAUGAACAAGAUGCUGGAGUUUAUGGUCACCCACGGUGAAGAGAAUCCAUCUGAGCAGCUGGUGCGUGACACAGAGGAGAAAGUGAGUUUCUACUCGUCCAUCUUCGGCACGCUGCAGUUGCUGUGCCUUGCUACGUGUCCUCUGAUUGGUUACAUAAUGGACUGGAAGAUGAAGGAGUGUGAAGAGGAGAAGACCAUCCCCCCAGGCACAGAGCAGAGCCCUACCAGACAGACCAGUGUUCCCAUGAGAGACCGUAAGAUCCAGAAAGUGACCAACGCCAUGAGGGCCUUCAUUCUCACCAACCUGAUGCUGCUCGCUUUCGGAUGCUGCUGCCUCAUAGACAACCUGCCUCUACAGAUCUUAACCUUCAUCCUCCACACUAUGGUCCGAGGCUUCAUUCACUCCUGCUGCGGAGGCCUUUAUGCUGCUGUCUACCCGUCCAACCACUUUGGCACUCUGACAGGCCUCCAGUCCAUGAUCAGCGCUGUGGUCGCUCUGCUGCAGCAGCCGCUCUUCAUCGCCAUGGUUGGAACCCUGAACGGAGACCCCUACUGGAUCAACCUCGGACUGCUAAUAUUCUCAUUGGCUGGCUUCCUGUUGCCAGGUUACCUGUUCUACCACCGGAGACAGCUGCUGAGGGAAAAGGAAGCCAGAGACAAGCGGGUGGCCGAACAGGAGAUGCAGGCGCUCAACAACACCGAAGCCAAUGGCUACAAACCUCACAGCAACGGCCUUGCUGCUGUGGAGGCUUAGAGCGACACAGAGCAGAGGGUUGGGGGAAUUGUAGGAUUUAUGUGCCUUUUAAAAUGAGCACCAGCAAUCGCCUCAUCCAUAUAUAUUUUGUUUUAAUAUUUCCAGUGUUUUUGUUUUUGGUCAUUGCUGGUGCACAUUUUGCUCACAACAAACCAUACCACAGAGCAAACAGGAUUCCUCAUGUUUUGUUAUGACUAAGAGUUAGACUUUAAGUUCCCUGUGAUUUCGGGAGAUGUGUCAUCAUCAUUUGUUGCUGUUUAUUUAUUCUGGUUUAGUGUCAAAGAGCCAAUUUAGUGUGAUUUAAAGCCAUAGAUUUCACGCACACGCAAAAAGACACAUGCACACACCCUGGGAUGGCCUGUGUGUCAGACUGCGGAUGUCACUGUACUUGAAAUACUGUUGAAUAGUUUUUAAAGACUUCUGAUAAUCAUCACACAUCGCUAACACCAAAGAACAGCUUAAAGAUAUUAGGAAAGUUACACUUUCUACUUCAGUACUAUUUUAAAAGUGUGCUUAAUGAAACACACUAGGUAUAUUGUGCUGUUUCCACUGUUUUAGACAUCUCUAAAACACUUUAAAAGCAUACAAGCAAUCAAAGAACAUGUAAACUAUCUAAAUACCAGACUUCUGGUAUGUAUAGAGAAGCAUUUGGGUUAUUUUCAGAGCCCAGUUAUUCAAUUAGACAUACACACACACACACACACACACACACACACACGUACAUGCGCAGAUAGGCUGGUUGUAGAGACACCAUAUCUACCUCCUCUGUUUCGUUUUUUUUUUUUUUUUUUACUGUCUUUCUGCAACCGACUACUAUGUCAGUCCAAUUUCUUUUCCACAUUAGGAACUAUUAAUCCUUUCCUUGUCAAACACCCCAAAUAACUAAUUGAAUCAGUACAGAAUCCCUCCUUGUGCAUUCAUGUUCCUUAGAGGUAUUGCUGACUCGGCUCUUGCAUUUCUGGAUUUUUUAUAUGUAAGUAAAACAUUUCUAUGGAAAAUUCACAAGGAAAAAUAUGACUGACUUUUACAAUUCUGACACACAGUGUGUGUCAAUGUUAUGAAUCACGUUGUAUUGCUUUAUGCACAGAAAUGAACUAGUGUGUGUAUAAAAUAUGUACUUAAGUGUCUUUUUAUACUCUAGCUGCAGUAGCAUUAAAAAGGGAAGUGUUUGUUUCAGUUUUAGUUAUUUUGUAGUGUGCUUAUAAUGAAUGAAGCUCAGAUGAUUUUCUGUGUAUUCUGCUUUUGCCUUUUUGAUUUUUUUUGUCAUGUAUUGAUUUUGGAGCAAACAAACCAUCAACAUUGUUUUUUGUAAAUAGAACUGAGGUGUGUUAUGUAUUUUAUUACAUAUUCUGCUUGCUUUACUAUAUGUGUGGGUAUGUUCACUGAUGGCUGAACGUUAAACUUGUUAUUUUAAUGUGAUUUUUCUGCUUGAAUGAUCAAAGUCGCAUUCAAAAGACAUUAUUUCAGCCAUAACAGAAAAAUUGACAUUCUUCUAAAGUGACAACAAUACGUGUCUAUCCUGUACAUGCUAGUUCUGCUCACAGCAACAGUAUCAUGUAGAUUUAUUGAAUCAGAUGUAGCCUUUCAUUUCAGAGUUUUUGACUCAAUCCAUUUCAGUGUCAAGACAGCUUUAGUUGAGUUCUCCUUUCUUGUCUGAUGCAUUCCUUCCUGCUCUCUAAAUGUGUUCAGCUGCUUGAGUCUUUGCUGAUUCUGAGUUUUGUUUCAACUCUGUGCCUUUGCUGCCAUAUUUGGCUUUAUUGCAAUAUAUAUGAAUGUAAGAUUAAAGGGGAACUACGCCCAUUUUCAAAAUGCAUACGUUAUUCCUAUAGCUUAAGGCAGUCCAAAAAUGUUAGUAAACUCCCAAAUCCAAAAACUAGAGUGCUAAAAAAGAACUGCUCCAUAGACAGUAAUUGGGAAAUAUGUUAGAGAUGACACCGAGAGCCUCAGGGGAAUGUUCUGAGCAUAACCGGCACAUUUUGUGUUUCAGAUCUGAGUACACUACAAUAGAAUAAAACUUAUUUGGGUACAAAGAAGAUAAAAAUCAAUAUCCCAUUUAUUGUCUAUGGAGCAGCUCCAGACUUUAAAUACUUGACAUCACACAUUUGAGACUGACUUAUCUGGUUUCUUGGAGAGAAAGUAGGCCACAAAUAUUGAUUGAACUUAAAUAGGCCAUGGAAAUAACAUAGUGGAAUUCCUAAUUUAGGUGAUUUUCCCCUUUAAUACCUCUACCAAACAUCUUUCUCUGUAAACCAAAGCCGUGUGUACUGACUGACUGUAAGCUAAUCGACAGCACUUUCCUAGGGAGCAAAAUAACAGGAAUGCCUUACAACACGAUACAUUGGUCCUGCAGUAAAUACCACUUUGUUUUGUGUUGAUCACAAGUCACAGGUGUUGAUUCAGUUUGAUGGUAAUUUCUGAGGCUGAAUGUUGUGUUGUUUAAAUACUGUUGAGUGAAUUACAAUCAGUGCUGGUGAGGUUGUCCAGUUUGACAUGUCAGUACUUUCCUCAUAGUUUUUUGUAAUGUUUAAAAACAAAUGUACCAGCAUCUCCAGCAACAACUAUCUGACCCCUUUGUACCUAUGUACUCUAAACGUCCCUAAGAACUUAGUGGUUGUAAGACCCGACUCCCUUGUGUUCAUGCUUUUGUAAUUGGGAUUUACAGUAGUUGUUUAUUAACACCUCUGACAGUCCACAUAUUAAUUAAAUUAAAGGCCAUCAUAUUAAGUGGCUUAUCAAAUCUUCUCUCACCCUUGGGGUUGAAGUUUUGGUAUGUCUUGCUAAAUGUAGGUCUUUCUUUCCUGCCUUCAAAUCAGUAUAUCCAGCAUGUGCAUUUGAUAAACAAAUAAAUGAAUGAAAGUAAAGUCUG